AGCAGUGCCGGCGACCCCAGGUGAAGCAGUUCUGACGACCCCUGGCGAAGCAGCACUGGCGACCCCUGGCGAAGCAGCACUGGCGACCCCGGGUGAAGCAGUUCUGACGACCCCUGGUGAAGCAGCGCCGGCGACCCCUGGCGAAGCAGCACCAACAACCCCUGGCGAAGCAGCACCGUCGACCCCUGGCGAAGCAGCACCGGCGACCCCAGGUGAAGCAGUUCUGGAGACCCCGGGUGAAGCAGUUCUGACAACUCCAGGCCAAGCAGUGCCAGCGACCACAGGCCAAGCAAACUCAGUAGCCCUGGGAGGUACAGACAAGGUAUAACACACAAUUGCAAAUAUGGUGAAUGCAAAGACCUGGACCUUGCGCAAGCACUUUGAUGGUUUCCCUAAAUUCAGCGAUUUCGAAAUGAAAGAAGAACAACUUCCAGAAACAAAAGAUGGAGAGGUCCUGUUUGAGGCUGUUUUUCUCAGUGUGGAUCCAUACAUGAGGCUGUACAGCACAAUAUAUAUGAAGGAAGGCGACGUGAUGAUUGGAGCUCAAGUUGCUAAGGUUGUUGAAAGUAAAAACCCCAGUUUCCCUGUUGGUUGCUAUGUGGUUGCCAGUACAGGUUGGAGAACUCACUCAAUCUCUGAUGGAAAGGGUCUGCAGCGUCUUCUCGCAGACUGGCCAGAAAACAUCCCCAAGUCAUUGGGGCUUGGAACCAUUGGAAUGCCAGGGUUAACGGCUUACUACGGCCUCAUGGAAGUGUGCCAGAUGAAAGAUGGAGACGUUGUGUUGGUCAAUGCAGCCGCUGGAGCUGUUGGUUCAGUGGUUGGGCAGAUUGCUAAAAUAAAAGGCUUAAAAGUAGUUGGCUGUGCUGGAUCUGACGCAAAGGUUGCUUAUUUAAAACAAAUUGGAUUUGAUGAGGCCUUCAAUUAUAAAACCAUCAGCUCUUUGGAAGAAGCACUGAAGAAGUGUUCGGCAGAAGGAUAUGACUGCUAUUUUGAUAAUGUUGGAGGACAAUUUUCUAGCGUUGCUUUAGAGCAGAUGCGAGCGUUCGGAAGGAUUGCUGUGUGUGGAGGCAUCUCCUUGUACAACGAUACUACAAAGCAGAUGGGUCCUUAUGUUCAGACCCUUAUGAUCUUCAAGCAACUCAGAAUGGAGGGAUUCCUUGUGAGCAGAUGGAAACACAAGGAUGAGGAAACUCUAAAGCAACUAAUGGCAUGGGUGAAGGAGGGUAAGCUGAAGUACAAAGAGCAUAUCACAAAGGGCUUUGAAAAUAUGCCUGCAGCCUUUAUGGGACUGCUGAAGGGAGAAAACACUGGCAAAGCUGUUGUUGCAGUUUAAGAAGUGCAGUAUAAUUCACAAACAUUUCUUUUUUUAUAGCUCUGACGAAUAUUUUGUGAAGUUUACAUGCUCUUCUUUGCACCCUUCUAGUGCAGCAAUGUCCUUUUUGUAGCGAUGUGACCAGAACUGAACACAAUAUUCUA